AUGUCCUCACAGGUAGCGGCGCUGGGGACGACGGGGGGAAAUACGAUGGCGACGACGGCGUGGUCGUACGUGGAGUACAUGGCGCGGUGGGAGCGCCAGGUGGAGCGGCGGCAGCUGUUCCUCCGGAGCUACCACUUCUCCCGCGACGCCGAGGUCACGCCGCGCGGGCGCGCGCGCCGCGUCGUCUGGGCCGGGGCGCGACGCCUGCGCCGGGCCGCCGCCAAGGGGCUCCGACGCCUCCGGGCGCGCAUCCGCCUCUGCUUCGGCUGGGCCGCGCCUGCGCUCCGCCGGCGCUCCUCCCCACGCCGGGCCGGCCACGGGUUCCGCUACGGCCGCAUCCCCCGGGCCACGAAGGCCGCAAACGCCGCGUCCGUUUGCUUCUGGUAG